CUAGGGGAAGCUCCCGGACAUUUUGUAGUUGGCGUCGUUGGUCAACAAGGCGUUGGAAAAUCCACGACUUCUGGAAUUGAUAUUUUGGUAUCUCCUGAGCAUACAGUGCUGCUAGAUACUGAGCCAUUGUUAAGCGCGUCAAUACUUGAUGAAACAUUACGAACUGGUUCAACCGAAGGUUUACACCCAGAAGUUUGGCUUGAAAUCGACACGGCCAUAAUCAAACUGCUAAGAAGAGCCGAAAUGAUGAAGUUCAAUAUCCCGGAUUUUCCAUUGAUCCCUCCGGCCAACUUUGGUCAGACGCAGGUGGAUACAAGUUAUUACGCCGACAUUGUGUUUGCAUGCAACAAAUGCCGAGAUUGGGAAUUCCAGUGGCGAAAAUAUGAGGAUAUGCAACUGAUCCUUCAUGAAACAUUUUCGGAUUCCAAACUCAAAACUUCAGGACUUGUUUCAUUGGGAAAGGUGCUACCAGCUUUUGAAGGAGUCGGGAAUACAGAGAACCUGUUCUUCUUACCUUAUUCCCCAGAUGAUGCAGUACCGAAGAAAGAACAUGAUAUAUGGAACGUUUACGAUCGAUCGACGUCUGGAAUCGAAUCAUUUGAUACAUUGAUGCAGGCGCUACGUGAGCAGGUGGUUGCUGCACCUCGACGACAAGGCAAGAAGGGACAGGUGUCUGAAAAAGAAUGGUAUCGUAAUGCGAUUAAAAUACACGAGCUUAUCCGAAAGUCUGAAUAUAUCGCCGAGUUUAUCAAAACCGCUAUGAAAAUGGUGCAGAAAUGAGCCUUCUCUUUCCACUAGGUGCGACUUUUCUGGCUCACUGCUGAGCACAAAUAAUUUGGUGUUCUGUAAAAAUCGUCUGGUGGUGAGAGCAAGUUAUAUAUAUGACGAUUGACGGGCUUUCUUGUGAAAUAUUAAGAGGAAGGAGAACAAUGUGUGUAGUGCGUAUAUGUGAUCAACGAAGAUAAGGCGGGCGGCGGCGCUGGCUGGCAAGUUGACGAGGCAAAUUCCAAGUUGAUAAACACUCUUUUUUUAACGGAUCUUCACUUUUUCAGAAAGAAGCUCACAAGAUACCAACACCAAGUGUAUACACCAUUGUGUGUGGCUUUUGUUUGCUAAUCACUAGAUUGGAAGAUCUCGCAGUUUAAAGACUUUGUAUAUUAAUGGGAAGCAGAAUAAAAAUCGCCGAUGCACAA